CCUUCUCUUCCGAUAUCAAUCGCCGUACGCCAUUGGCGCUCAAGGCUCCCCGCACCAUUUCCCGUAACUUACCACUACCACUCCACUUUGCACACCCUCGGCCAGUCAGAAUCGCGGCUCUUUCUUGCUGCCCGCCCCUGGUGGCCCAGGCCUCUGCUCCAGUGACAAUCCUUGCUCUGUGUCACACAAGUCACCGCUCUUCCAACCUUGCCGCUGGCGGAAGACCAAGCUGCACCUCCAGGCCUUGGCCUCGGGGACCUUGCUCGGGGCUGACUUCUCCUUCAUUGCCACCCUCACUAGCAUCAGCAUUCGCAAACACAUUCAUACGCACAAACACUGGUGGCUUCUCCACCACGACAUCCGAUCAAAAAGUACGCCAUGUCUGUCUCAGUGCAAAGCCCCCCUUCGGCUGCUCCCCCUUCGCCCACUUCUUCUUCGCCUCCAUCGCCAACAUCGACAGGACGCCCUUCGGCUGAUGCUUCAUCAGAUCUGCCUCGGUCACUUGCCUCUUCAAUACUCUCACCGCCGGCAGCUUUAAGCUUCUCAGCCAGCUUCGCCAGACCCUCUGGAUCUGCACAGCAAUCACACCCUCGCACGACCAUGGCAGCAGACACCUCAGCUCCGGCCGACUCACAGCAGACAGAAAGCACUUCCGGGUUCUUGGAUCGCAUUCGAGCACAGUCUCUCUUCGUAUCGUCGAAUACAUCAUCGCCCCCUGCUACCUCCCCAGGUCCUUCCAUGACGCUGCUAGAGAGGCAACGAAAGUCGUUGCCGGCGAGUAGCUACUCACAAAGCAGGAUCGCUCAGCUGGCACUUCUUGCUGAUCAGGCCAAGAUGGCAGCGACUGGAACCAGCAGCCUAAUCGUCGCUAGAGCCAACAACAUGUUCGUAGACGAGGCAGUCCGUCAGGCCGCAGGUCAAGUCGGCGAAGAGGCUGGCUCAGACCUUUCUCCCGGCGACGUCGGCGAGCUGAUGGUUGACUCAGCCUGGGAAGCUGCAUUUUCAGCCCCAGGCUUCCUUGCAUCUGCCUCUUCUCUCGCAUACGAGUUCAAAGCUCAAGAGCAAAACCGCAAAGAGUGGGCCGGGCAGGCCCUAGCACUGCAGCACCGAAGGUGGACCGUGGCUCCGGAAGGUAGUACACUGCCGGGAUUCGGUCCACACAAGCGCCCAUCCCCAUCCUCCGAAAUUGUGAACCCGAUUGAGACCAUCGCCAAACGACGCCGGGUGUCCUUUGACCAGCGCGAUCUCUCCCUCAAAAAUCGCCGAGUAUCCUUUGCAAAGAAUUUGCUGUCUCCGUCCAGAAGUAGCUCACAGCUCAGCCCCUUAUCAGGCGCCACCUCAGGCUCAGCCAUGGUUUCAAGCUCUGCCUCUGCUUCGACUGCGCCAACUGCAGUCUCCGCCACCAAUUCGGCUGCAAGGUCCCCUCCAGCAGAAUUCAAGAGCGCUCUGCCAUCUGGUACACGGCGGAGAUCCUCAAUGUCCUCGCCUCCCGAAUCACGACCUCAACUGCUGGCAAACGUCAUUGCAUCGUUUGCGACGCUCCUCGACACUCGACAACAGGCAUGCGCCUCACUUGCAGAGCUGGCGAGGACGAGUGACGGGGCGAUGCCAGCACUGUCGCCUUCUGCAAUCUCGAGGCCAUCCUCGCCUCCCAUCGGAGCAGCCUCUCUCUUUCCAAACUCUACUGGAGACAUGAGUGCCAUCGCCGAGAGCGAGGGCGAGGAUUCCGAUGCGGUGUCAGACGCGAGCCUGAGCGACGCAGCACGCGAUCUCAAGGAAAUCAGCAGAGCUCAAGAAGCAGCAACUACUCUCCAGGGCCUGUCCAACACCUGGCGGGAGAGCACAGCUCGAUCCAUCGACACAAAGAAGGAGAUCACCUCUUACUCAUCUGGACAGGCAUCUGCCAUGAAGUUACAUACUGCACUAGCUGACGUCAAGGAAGACGUCAAAGUGGGAGGUCGCACUGGAAUCAAGGUCAGGUCUCCUGAUUCUCCCGAUGCCGGCAAAGUGCCCACAAGGGUUUGAUCUCACGCACUUAUGGGUAUCGAGCAACAUUAUAGUCACGUCUCAAAAAGGCCCGAAGAUAGCCUUUCCUCUCUCCUCCUCGCUUUCCUCCCUUCUACCCUUGCCCCUGCAUAUCCUACGUAGACCUCCUCAUCGGGAUCCUCGUACAUCUCUUGCUCUCCUAGCGUUACCUUCAUCAUACCGUGGCAGAUCACAUCACAUACACGUCGCAUGUUCAUUCUGCAUCCACCUCAUACCUCUUUGAGUUACCAGGACGAUGUUGUACAAUAUCAUUGCUUUCUCUUUGGGAC